AUGAGCGAUAUCCCAGAUUGGCUUAAACCCUUGCUACAAGCAGGAGUUUUACUAGACACCGCAUUUCAGCCAGAAAAGAGUGUACAUGCUCCCCCAAAACUAGCCCUUGGGCCUCCACGAUGGUCCAAUGCGGCGAACAGUUGUCCUGGACGUCUGCUUGGUGAGACAGACUCAGCAGACAGUUCGAGCAUCCCAUCCAGCAUAAUUGCGCCUCCGAACUCUUUCGAGCCGCCCAGCAAGCCGCAGAUCAAGGCGAAACGGUCUGCUUUGCUGAAAGCUUAUGCGCACAGUAUCCGUGGGUUGAUGACCCCGGACAACGAUCUGAGCGUAACGAAGCAGGCGUUAUUCAUUACAAAUCCACUACAAAAGGGCAUUCCAGUAGGCGUCCAACAAGAGUUCAUCAACGAGGCCAUCUUCCAGCACAGCAACUCCAUACAGUCGCCCUUGUCGCCGAUCUAUCGGUCGGGAGUUGGUGACUAUUUUGGAUGGCUGAACAAAUAUCUCAGUAAUGUUAAGGAUGCAUUUUCAUCCGACGCCGAAGCAGAGAAGAAGACGCAGCUGGAGUACAUCCAAGCCAAAGCCAACGCCGACACGGAGUAUGAGAAAGCCGUUGAUAAGUUUGCCAAAAUUAAGGCGCUGGAUCCUACUGUUCAGUUCCAGGACUGGAUGAACCAGUUCGCCACAGACUAUCUCGAUGCAUGCAGGGUCCGCGACGCUUUGGCAAAUAAGUUGAGGCCUUCGUCAGUGAAACUUGCAAAGGAGAUGUUCGAUGAUGCUCAGGCAAGGCUCGAGCCGAAGCAAGGAAACAACAUGCACUGUGCCUACACAGACGUAGAUAUCGUCAACGGCGACAAUGCGACGCAAACUGACAUCGUCUACCGACCCCGGUACUACCUCUCCGGGUACAACAGCACGGCGAAGCGAUGGCGGGACGAGUACUCUCAGAAGAUCACAUCGCCGGAUCAGAGGAUCAUCUCGUUCAAGAACCUACAGAACCUGACAUGGUCCCAGCUUGGGAUCUCCGAGAUUGAGAACGAUGAUGACGUGAAUAUUGCAUCGGAGAGUGAAUUCGAAGUGACGCUCACAUAUACGGGAAUCUGUCCGUUUGACGUUAAGCGAGGGCUAUGGAAUAUUGACGACUUUCGCACCUUGCUCCCAGAGCUGACUGCGACCGCACCUGAGGACUGCAAGCAGCCGGUAUACAAGACGACCGAGCUCCUCUUAGCAUAUGGGGUGGAUCUUGUACUUAAGCUUCCUAAUACUAUGGACCAGGAUCUGGCGAAGAGGUUGAGACUUAUGCCGGGAGUACUAGAUGAUCUGCCUCUAACGCUGAUCGGGGGAAAUGAGCUGCAUGCUAAGCCUCAGACCAACGAUGCGUACCCUGUACUGCUCGCUGUAUUAGCAGAUUUAUCCAACCAGGAGAAAACCAAAGACAAGCAUGAUUCACAUAUUCGUGACAAGAAGAAGAUGAAAGAUCUGAUAGAAGGGCGAACAAAGGAAAAACGUUUCAAAAACCUAAAUCUGGAUCCUGCAGACCAAACCCGCAUAGCGAUCCAACGGUUACGGGAGACGAUUGGAGCUCUCACAUACAUGCAAGAUGAAAAGGUUGCAAAGAUAUUUGCAGACCAGAAGAACAGAAUGGGCGCGAUGAUUGGGCAUAUCGACCGAGAGCUGCACAAGACAUCCCCAAUGUAUGAGGAUGUAGUGGAGGGGCGUCCGUGGCAGGAACAAAAACUCGAAGAAAAAUGGAAUGCUUACAUGGACAACGUAUCCUCGGUGGCAAAGCAAAGGACUACAGAUUACAUAAAACUCAAUAUUCGUGUGUUGAAAGAUAAAUGGAACUCUGACAAGAAAAAGGAUGAGUUCAAGGCCGAUUCGAACGAUGAUCAGACGAAGAAGGACUAA